CGCCAUUAAAAGAGAAUAAAGACAACAAAUGGGGUUGAUGUUUUGUCCCAAGGUUGGUAGGUUCCAUUGAUCUUCCUAUUGUCUUGGUCAUUGUGCUUGGUAUCGAAGGUCAACAACAAGGCUGCUGCUGGAUACCUACGAAAGAGCAGUUACAGGGCAGCUGGCCUAUCAGCCAGCAUGGAUUGUAGCUGACUAUGCUGCCAAGCCCCGUUGCUCUUUGUGGCAAGGACAACCGUUCAACUUGAUUUUAGAGUUGCACCCCCCCUGGUAAUAAUUUUGCCCUGCCCCUCCUCCACAAUUGGCGACACCAGUAACAUUUUCGCGGCAACCGUCUGACCCACGCUGCCCCUCCUCUGGCCUCCAUAUUUCUCUACCCAAUCCUGAUCACAGUCGACCUGCGCCGAGCAUCCCCGGACUCCUCCAGAUCCUGCCAGAGUUGGCUUUUUUUGCGCUUAAAGUUGUCCCUUCGUAGCAAGUCUUGCUUUUAUUCCUAGACCACCAAGAAAAAAUACAAGCAGGUUCCAGCCUACGAAGCUGGGGAAAAUAUUGCGGCAUCAUGUCCGAUAAACUUACUCGUGUCGCCAUUGUGAGCAGCGACAAGUGUAAACCCAAGAAAUGUCGUCAAGAAUGCAAGAAGUCGUGCCCUGUGGUGCGGUCCGGCAAACUUUGCAUCGAGGUCGCCCCCGAAUCACGAAUUGCCUUCAUUUCCGAAUCCCUCUGCAUCGGUUGUGGUAUCUGUCCCAAACGCUGCCCCUUCGGCGCGAUCACUAUCAUCAACCUGCCUACGAACCUUGAGAGUCAGAUCACCCAUCGUUAUUCGGCCAACAGCUUCAAGCUCCAUCGUCUGCCUAUGCCCAGACCCGGAAAUGUGUUGGGUUUGGUCGGAACGAACGGUAUCGGCAAGAGUACUGCGCUCAAGAUUCUCAGCGGCAAGCUUAAGCCCAACCUGGGCAGAUUCGAUAACCCGCCAGACUGGGAGGAUGUCAUUAAGCACUUCCGUGGUUCUGAAUUGCAGAACUACUUCACCAAGCUUCUGGAGGAUGACCUGAAGUCCAUCGUCAAGCCCCAAUACGUUGACCAGAUCCCCAAGGCUAUUCGUGGUACCGAUCGUUCUGUCCAGUUCUUGCUCGAGAGCCGCCACACUCUCGGUAACCUGGACUCUGUGCUCGAUACCCUUGAGCUGCGUCACAUUCUUGAUCGUGAUGUGAGCCAUCUUUCCGGUGGUGAGCUUCAGCGUUUCGCCAUUGGUACCACUUGCGUAUCCAAAGCCGAUGUUUACAUGUUUGACGAGCCCUCUUCCUAUCUCGAUGUCAAGCAGAGAUUGAGCGCUGCCCGCAUGAUCCGGUCUCUUCUCCGCCCAGAUGAUUAUGUCAUUGUCGUCGAGCACGAUUUGUCCGUUCUUGACUAUCUUUCCGACUUUGUGUGCGUUUUGUACGGACAGCCUGCCGUCUAUGGUGUCGUCACCCUUCCCUACUCCGUCCGUGAAGGCAUCAACAUCUUUUUGGAUGGUCACAUCCCCACCGAGAACUUGCGUUUCCGUGAUGAAAGUUUGACUUUCCGCAUCGCUGAGGGUACCGAGGACCUCCUCGUCGAGAAGUCCCGUGCUUUCAAAUACCCCAAGAUGGAGAAGACUCUGGGCAACUUCCACCUCAGCAUCGACGCUGGCGAUUUCUCUGACUCUGAGAUUAUCGUCAUGAUGGGCGAGAACGGAACCGGAAAGACCACUUUCUGCCGCAUGCUGGCCGGUGUGCUCAAGCCUGAUGGAACCCAGAAGGUCCCUGAGAUGAAGAUUAGCAUGAAGCCCCAGACAAUCACGCCCAAGUUCGAGGGUACCGUUCGCAUGCUUUUCUUCAAGAAGAUCAAGGCUGCUUUCUUGUCUCCUCAGUUCCAGACUGAUGUCGUCAAGCCACUCAAGCUUGAUGAUUUCAUUGAUCAAGAAGUCAAGAACUUGUCCGGUGGUGAACUUCAAAGAGUCGCUAUUGUGUUGGCCCUCGGUAUCCCUGCCGACAUCUACGUCAUUGAUGAGCCCUCUGCCUAUCUCGAUUCCGAGCAGCGUAUUGUGGCCUCUCGUGUCAUCAAAAGAUUCAUCAUGCACGCCAAGAAGACUGCCUUCAUCGUCGAGCACGAUUUCAUCAUGGCCACUUACCUUGCCGAUCGUGUCAUUGUCUUCGACGGCCAGCCCGGUAUCGAUGCCCACGCCAACAAGCCCGAGUCUCUCCUCACUGGUUGCAACACCUUCUUGAAGAACUUGGACGUCACCUUCCGUCGUGACCCUACCAAUUACCGUCCUCGUAUCAACAAGGCCAGCUCCCAGCUUGACCAGGAGCAGAAGCUUUCCGGCAACUACUUCUUCUUGGAGGAGCCCGACAAACAGUGAAAAGGGCAUCCCAAAGGACAACAAGAAACAGGACUCUCUUCCCCCUCCUCAUGACGAUGCAUCGGAUCCUGGCGUUUUAGGCGUAAAAAAUGGUGAUACCUGUAUAAAUCGAACCGGCGGCGCCCGGGGUGGUUUAGGGGUUGUAUCUGAGGAAGGGGGUACGUCCGAGGACGACGAUCCCGACAUAGGACAGCGGUGGCGGUCUAUCCCCUGUUGCCUGGUCCUACCAAGAUGCCACUUCCGGGAAGUAGUGGGCAAGUAUGUCUUCUGUCGCAGAUGGAUCACAUCUUGGUAGAUUGAGGGGCAAUGGGACAAGCGGGUGACCGCCGCCAGGUUUCUGAGCAGGGUAUUCCUGACCUGCAAAAGGGACCGCACGAGGUGAAUGGUGAUUUACCUAGCUAUGUGGGCUGUGAUUAGAUAGUCGCCGUUUCUUCUAGAGAAAUAUAUAAAGGGUUAGAAAUGCUGAUAUUGCAUACCUGGUGAAUCUAGC